CGUUUCGUUAAAUAUAUUUUAACCAUAAACACAGAAUCAGAUAAGACGUGCUAAAUAGAUAUGAGUCUUAAAGCAAACGAUCUUCCAUAACUGGCUUCCGGGUUUUAAGCGCGGCCGGAAGUGGCUAACAGGGAAGCAUCUUGCACCGUGCAGGAACAAGCAGAAAACACAGGUUAGCUAAUGUCAACAAACUGUGAGGUACAGCCUGUUAGCUUAGCCUAGCCUAGUGCUAACCGUAUGACAACACUCCUGUUGCACUCGUCAACACGUUGCACGUAAAGACCCGCACUUUUGUCUUUUGUUGCUUUGAGGAUGCACGUGCAGAGAGUCGUUCUCAACUCACGUCCAGGUAAAAAUGGGGUGCCAGGUCCUGAAAACUUCCGCCUGGAGGAGUCCACUUUAGCGCCUGACCUGAAGGAGGAGGAGGCCCUGCUUCGGACGCUCUACCUUUCAGUCGACCCCUACAUGCGCUGCAGGAUGAACGAGGACACCGGGGCUGAAUACCUGACUCCAUGGCAGCUGUCUGCGUGCGUGGAUGGCGUAGGCAUCGGCGUGGUCGAGUCCAGCCGCUGCAGCUCUUUCUCUGUGGGAGAUGUGGUCACUUCCUUCAACUGGCUGUGGCAGACCCACGCUGUUAUGAAAGGAAGCGUCUUACAGAAGGUUGAUCCCCAGUUGGCUGACGGGCACUUAUCCUACUUGCUGGGUGCAGUGGGCCUGACAGGCCUCACUGCCCUGCUGGGUGUGAGGGAGAAGGGUCACGUCACCAAAGGGGCCAGUCAGACCAUGGUGGUCAGUGGGGCUGCUGGUGCCUGUGGCUCCAUAGCUGGACAGAUUGGCCGGCUGGACGGCUGUGUGAGGGUUGUGGGGAUCUGUGGAUCUGAAGAGAAGUGCAGAGCUUUAGUGGACGAUCUGGGCUUCUCCGCUGCCAUCAACUACCGACAGGAGGAUGUACCGGCCCGACUGAAGGAGUGCUGCCCUGAUGGAGUAGAUGUUUACUUUGACAAUGUGGGAGGACCCAUCAGUGAUACUGUCAUAGCACAGAUGAACAGCGGCAGCCAUGUGAUCCUGUGUGGGCAGAUCUCUCAGUACAACAAGGAUGUGCCGUAUCCUCCACCUUUGAGCGAGGAGACACGGGAAGCUCUGCAAAGCAAGAGCAUCACCAGAGAGAGAUUCAUGGUGCUUGAGUACAUGAGCAAAGCAGAAGCUGCCCUCUGUGAACUCAGCCAGUGUAUUAAAUCAGGCCAGAUCAAGGUGCUAGAAACUGUGGUGGAUGGCAUUGAAAACAUGGGAGAUGCAUUUUGCUCUAUGAUGAAAGGGGGAAACAUUGGCAAACAAAUUAUAAAGAUAUCAGAGUGAAGAUAAUCACCACAGUUCCCAGUAUCUAAUACUCUCACCAGACACCUCGAGAAAUGAACUCAUUAAAGUAAUGAACUCGAGUGAGACAUUGCCUCGCUUAGCGGAUGCCAGUUGAUUGCAAUUACAAACCAGAAAUGAAAAAAAUCACAUCAGGUUUUCUCUUUAUGAUAUUGUGAAAAGUUAAAUGAAAAAAGUGUUUGAGAACCUGGUAUUGAAUAUUAAAACUUUUUAAUUUUUGUUUUUCAGAAAUAACAGUUUGUACUGUUUAUUAGCGCUACUGUAAUUAAAUGUGAUGUACACAUA